UUUAAAACACAUCUUCGCAUACCAAGUCUCUCUCCUCCGCUCUCUCAUUUUGCAGUCUCGGCGAUCACUCAGAUUCACGGAGAGAGAGAGAGAGAGAGAGAGAAAGAGCAGAGCAAACCCCAAACCAUGUCCCUUGUAGCAAACGAGGAGUUUCAGCACAUUCUGCGUGUGCUGAAUACAAAUGUCGAUGGGAAGCAGAAGAUAAUGUUCGCCCUCACCUCCAUCAAAGGUAUCGGUCGCCGUUUCGCCAACAUCGUCUGCAAGAAAGCCGAUGUUGACAUGAAUAAAAGAGCUGGUGAGUUGACAGCUGCUGAGCUUGAUAACCUGAUGGUGAUUGUGGCAAACCCUCGCCAGUUCAAGAUCCCUGACUGGUUCUUGAACAGAAAGAAGGAUUACAAGGAUGGUAAAUAUUCCCAGGUUGUCUCCAAUGCUUUGGACAUGAAGCUCAGGGAUGAUCUUGAGCGCUUGAAGAAGAUCAGGAAUCACCGUGGUCUGCGACACUACUGGGGUCUUCGAGUGCGUGGACAGCACACAAAAACAACUGGCCGCCGUGGGAAGACUGUUGGUGUCUCAAAGAAGCGUUGAGAUUGUUUCUCCCCUACUGGGAUGUUGUGCUACAUGUUGCAAAUUUUAUUUUGCCCUUUAAAAUAUGUUGGAUCUAGGAGUGUACUCUUUAUUUUUUCGGGAAUUAUGCAGUGUUAUCUAGCUGUUUUUGUAUACCUCUCCGGAGAUCUUGAGAUUUUUGGUAUGUGAUUGCAUUUGUCAAUUAUAUAGUGGUUAAAUGGUCAUAAUGGAUUUUUCCUUUUAA